GGUAUGCUCAAUGUUGUGUACAGGUCGACAGAUUUGGGGGCGGAAGUUGCAUGGUGUGGGGUGUUUUUUGUGUUAAUUUAGCUUGAGUGUACCGGUAGUUUAGACCGUCUGGCCCAGUGACACCCUGGGAUCACGUCAAGAUCAGUAACCUGACAAAAUAGGCAGUGAUAAAACGUGACACAUUGCAAACGACGUUCGUCUCUGGACAGUGGAAACAUUUCAGCAUGUAUUUUCAUACUGAACCAAGAUUUUGACGCGCAAGUCGUAGUCCUGUUCAAGAAAUUAAAAGAAUUUAUAACGAUUCUCAACACAAAGAGAAUAAUGAAAAGUUGAUUUAUUCAUUUUAUGAGAAAACAAAACAUUGAUGCCUAAUGAUGUUCAGGUAGAUGUCACUCAUAAACCGCCAUCUCGGGUAAUUAAAACCAUUCGAAACUGUCAUAAAUAGAUGUUUAUAGUUAUGACUUACAGAGGUAUACUUCCCUGUUGGACUAAUUAGCUUUAUCACACCACAAUUAAUUCUCGAAUGGGAAGGGUUGAUAUAGAAAUAACUCCCUUAGAAGUGUUAUGUGUGAUAACGUGACACACAGAGAGGUUUGAGUGACAGGUGCCCGGGGAGAAUCCACCAAUCAUUAGGGGUACAAAUAGCUGACGCGGAGAGGAUUUUCAUUUCAGUCCCAAACUUGUCAGCAUGGAGCUCUACCUGAUCCUCACAACUGUAGCUCUCGCCGCCAUUCAGGGCGUGUCCGGUGAUUGUCAGACGGAUGCCUACUGUUCGAGUGGUCAGUGCUGCGUCCGCACGUGGCGUGUUUCUGCCGGGAUUUGUCUGAUGAGGGAGCUCUUCACACAGUACUGCAACAGUCCGCCCAAAACCUGCACGAGACAGGCGGAUUGCGGAGCUCACGAAUGCUGUAAGGAGACUUCUCCUGGAAGUGCGACAGGAGUAUGUACUCCCCAUCGCCUUGAGAAAAGCAGUUGUAACUUGACCCCGAAUACCAACACCCCCCUUGACGCCAUGUGUGCUUGCGAGGUGGGCUUCACCUGCACACCGAACCCCGACGCUCCCGACUCACACCAAGGAACGUGUGCGUCUCCAUUAACUCGCGGGUGUCAGGCUCAUAGUGAUUGCCCUAAGAAUAAGUGCUGCACCAGAUUCGGCGGCCACGCUGUCUGCACCACCCCCUCUGGCACCUAUGGAAAGUGUCCUACAUAGACUGGCGUUGCCGACGAACCAUUUUACACCUCAUCUUGUAAUAAAUCAUGC